UUUUUCCUCAUCUCUCAGUUUCUCCUCCGUUCUUUGCCCGCACUCUCUCCCAAAAUGGUAGCAGCCUUUAACAUGAAGCAGAGUCUACUCACCCUUGUCCUAGUUGGAAUUAUAGCAGCUGGGGCCUUGCCAAGCUACAUAGAGGCUCAGAAUUGCGGCUGCGCCACAGAUCAAUGUUGCAGCCGAUGGGGCUACUGUGGCACUGGCGAUGACUAUUGCGGCACCGGGUGCCAAGAGGGCCCUUGCUAUUCCUCCCCUCCGACCAAUGAUGUUUCGGUGGCUGAUAUUGUGACACCAGAAUUCUUCAAUGGGAUCCUUGAUGAGGCUGAUGCAAGUUGUGCUGGAAAGAACUUUUUCACACGAGCAGCGUUUCUUGAAGCUCUUAAUUCAUUUAAUGAAUUUGGUAGGAUUGGUUCGGUUGAUGAUUCUAAGCGCGAGAUUGCAGCCUUCUUUGCCCAUGUUACACAUGAGACUGGACAUUUUUGCUAUAUAGAGGAGAUAGAUGGUCCCUCCAAGGACUACUGUGACGAGACAAACACAGAAUAUCCCUGCAACCCGGACAAAGGUUACUAUGGGCGUGGACCCAUUCAGCUAUCUUGGAAUUUCAAUUAUGGACCAGCAGGAAAGAGCAUUGGAUUCGACGGGUUAAACUCUCCUGAAACUGUUGCGAAUGACCCUAUUAUUUCAUUCAAGACAGCCUUGUGGUAUUGGACAAACUUUGUUCACUCGGUCAUAGACCAAGGAUUUGGGGCAACAAUUCGAGCCAUUAAUGGUAACCUCGAAUGUGAUGGUGCAAACCCUACAACAGUUCAAAAACGUGUUGACUAUUACACUGAAUAUUGUAAUCAACUUGGUGUUGAUCCCGGCAACAAUCUCACUUGCUAGUGUAACAUAGUUCGCUAGCUAGCACCAUGUGCUUUAUUUGUUUUUGUUUAAUUUUCAUCCAGUUAACUCUAAUACCUUUAGCUCAGCUAGUCCUUGUUUCUUCUAUGAUUACUUGUUUAGAUUUGAUUUGUGGUCUAAAAGGAAAUAAAGAGUAUAAUUAAGCAUCAA